UCUUUGGUUAGAGUUCGUAGUUCUUUCAUCUUUGAUGCCAAUGGCCUCAUGCCCAAGCCAAUGCCGUUUGCCGGGAAAACAGUAGAUUUGUUUUCAUUGUUUUUAAUUUUUAAGUAUAUACUAAAGAUUAUAUGAUGAAUUUUUCUGACAAUGAGGCAGAUGAUACAUCAAGUGUUGAAAGUACGUCCAACACCGACAAUACAUCUCGAAGUGAAACCCCAACGAAUUCGCGCGUGAAAAAGCGAAGGCGAGGAAAGAAAAAAUCUACAAAACCAGUUAAGCCUCCAUACAAGUUUAACUGCAGUGCAAAAGAAGAUCAUGGCCGACCAUUAUUUGGAUGCCAGUUCAACCACCACCUUGGUGAGGGUGAGCCCCAGGUUUUCGCAGUUGUGGGCAGCAACAGGGUGUCAAUAUAUGAGUGCCCUGAGUCAGGAGGGUUUAAAUUUCUUCAAUGCUAUGCAGAUCCUGAUGUUGAAGAAAACUUUUACACCUGUGCAUGGUCAUAUGAAGAAGAAACAUUUCUGCCUCUUCUAGCAGUAGCUGGGUCUAGGGCCAUAAUAAGAAUCUUUCAUCCAGCUACACAGAGCUGCAUCAAACAUUAUAUUGGACAUGGACAUCCUAUUAAUGAAAUCAAAUUCCAUCCAAGGGACCCUAACUUGCUGUUGUCUGCUAGCAAAGACCAUUCUUUACGACUCUGGAAUAUCAUGACUGAUGUCUGUAUUGCAAUAUUUGGUGGAGUGGAAGGUCACAGGGAUGAGGUUUUGAGUGCUGACUUUGACUUAAAAGGUGAAAGGAUAAUGUCUUGUGGCAUGGACCAUUCUCUAAAGCUGUGGAGGCUUGAUAAACCUUCUAUGCACGAAGCUAUUAAGCAGAGUUACAGCUUCAAUCCACACAGAGCUUUGAGACCUUUUAAUUCAUUGAAAGAACAUUUCCCAGAUUUCUCUACCCGAGAAAUACAUAGAAAUUAUGUGGAUUGUGUCAGAUGGAUGGGAGAUCUUAUAUUGUCAAAGUCAUGUGAAAAUGCGAUAAUAUGCUGGAAGCCAGGGAAACUCGAGGAUACAGAACUCAGGCCAGGAGAUAAUACAGUAACAAUAGUUCAUAGAUUUGACUACAAAGAGUGUGAAAUUUGGUUCAUCAGAUUUGCAGUCGAUUAUAGUCAAAGAGUAAUAGCUCUAGGCAACCAAUGUGGGAAAACUAUGGUGUGGGAGCUGGGCAAUGUGGCAGGAGGUUCCAGAGUAUUGCAGUUGGUGCAUCCACGCUGUGUCGCUGCAGUCAGACAAGUAACACUGUCACGCAAUGGCAAAGUGCUGCUAACCUGCUGUGAUGAUGGAACAAUUUGGAGAUGGGAUAGGACUAACAGCAGCCAAAAAGAUUAGUAUUUUAGUUAGGUAGAAGUAUUUUAGGUUAAUAGUUUAAUUAAAAAACCCGUGUACUUUUUCAAAGCAGCACAAUAAAUUUGUGCAUAUACAUGUAAGCACCCUAUUGUAUUCAUGGUUUUAACUACAAGUCUUGAGUAAAAAUUUAAUGUUUCGUAAUAUUAAUUUACUUUUUCAUAAUAGGUCAGUCAAAUUCAAAGAAUAUCAUUAGAAGUACAGCUGAAGUUACAAAAUACUAUAACUUUCUAAUAAUAAUAUUAUUGGCAUGUUGCGCAUAGAAAUGUAUUAAAGUAUUUCUACCGCAUAUUGUCGUGUAUACGAGCACACAGACUUGAAGAAAAAAGUCGAACCUAUGAUCCCUUACAUGUAUUCUAGCAUUCACACUCGACCUUACAGAUCUAGAAUUAAUUUAAAUGUAUUAGGACAAAGAUGACAUCCCUAUAGUAUUCUUUUCAUUUGUGUUUAUUAGACAAAUUUUGAUAAAGCAAAAGUUUUCACCUAAAUUUUAUUUGAAGCUUAAUAAAAACAAAAAUUCACGUGACAAGGAGUCAUACUGCGAAUACUUAAGGUAUGUCAUUAACUUGCAUUUUACAAUUAUGUAAUGUAUCAUUACAUUUUUAAGUUUAUGAAAUAUUGAAACAUUGUAGAACAUAAUUCUAAUUUUAUAAGUGUUAAGCAAGUUAUGAAUGUAAACAAAAAUUAAUGUGAACAACAGUGUUUAAUUUUAUAUGAUUAUAGAAAUAAUGCUGUGAUAUCUGACUAUGUUUGAAUAGCUUUACAUUGGUGUAACUUUUUAGUGUACAAAUAAAGGAUACUCCAUUAAA